AAGAAGAAGGAGAAGAAGAAGCCACCAGACACUGACGGGUCAGACGUUCCUACGCAUCCGUUGCUACUGUUGAGUUUGGGCGAGAACCCUCAGAUUAGCCCCGCAGGCGAGCCAUGUCCGAGGCCGAGCAGGCAAGCAGAGUCCGGCCUCGGACUUCUCAGGACGAACGCCAUGAGGAUCCUGGCUCGCAAGCUCCUUCUCGCAAGUCUUCCCAUAGAGAAAGAAAAAGACUGUCUUCCGCCGGGUCACGGUCGCGGAUGCGGUCAGCAUCCAGACUGUCGAAUCGACGCGUUCGCCGUAGAGAUUACGGAAGCACCGCGCCCAAGCAGCCAGUGGCUGCAGGCUCCUCAUCAUCGCAACAGCCUCCCGACGAAGCUAAACGCGCACAAGCGUCGACUGCGUUGAUCGAGCCCUCACCGCCGACGCCGCUGAGUCAAGAGGCAUCCUUCUGCCGCCAAAAAACGACGCUGCUUCAAAACGCCCAGAGUCUGCAGGCAGAGGAGGAACAGCGGAGCUCGACGGCACCGACCGAACUGAAAAGUUCAGCUGCCGCUGUGCCAUCGCCACGUCCAGAACAGCAUCCGCAGGGCCUGUUCAGCGCAUACUCCACGGUAGCUUCGUCACCGCUGUCGGAGCAGCAAGCCGCGAAACCUGCAGCGGAGCAAGAUGCGUCAGGCAAAGCUGGCAGCCCGAAAGUGCCCGACGACAGCGUAUUGAAAACCACGCUGAUGUCCAGCCGAGUGCCAGGGAAACCAAACUCGGGCACCGCCAGCCUGUUCUCCUCCGGCAACGCAUCACCUAUGGUGCACAGCUUCUGGUCAAUGUUCAGCAGCAACGAGUAUCAGCCGGCCUUGGUGGCCAACCAGAGCGACUACCUGUUGUGCAUGGGCAGCGGCGUGGUGGCGGCCGCGCUGAUCCUCCUAGCGUUCUUCGUGGUCGCGCACGCGAUCGCGAAACCGAAGUACGUGGAAGUGCGGGGCCCGUUCGGCGCCGUGCGCGGCGUCGCCCUCCUGGUCGAGGGCCGCCUGGUGCACGCGUUCAACGCCAUCCCGUACGCCGCGGCUCCCGUGGGACCGCUGCGAUUCGCUCGACCGGUGCCGCCGCAAUACGGGACCAUCAUAGAUGGGAUCCAGCAACGUUACACGGCGUGUCCUCAGCCGCGUCUAGGCAACACCGGACCGGGCACCGGCUGGAUCGCGGACGAGGACUGCCUGCGCGUCAACCUCUGGAUACCGACCGGCUGCGGGCUCGGGACUUCGUGCGGUGGCAACAAGACCGUCCUGGUGUUCAUUACGGGCAACCUAUUCCAGCAGGGAGACGAUGGUGACGUCACCGAAGACGGAAGCAUUCUCGCUGCGCUAGGAGACAUCGCUGUGGUCACCUUCGCCUACCGGCUAGGGGCUCUCGGAUUCUUGUGCACCUCCACCGCAAGGGACUCGGGAAACAUGGGUCUGUACGACCAACUGGCGGCUAUGGAGUGGGUGCACAAGAACAUCGCCUACUUCGGCGGGAACCACUCCGAAAUAGUGGUGGCGGGUCACGGGUCGGGAGCUGUGUCCGUAGGGCUGCACAUGCUGAACCCGAACUCCAGUUGGAUGGGCUACGUGAAGCGAUUCAUCGUCAUGAGCAACAGCCCGUACAGCAGGCAAAUUGACGGCAGGGCCGAGACGACUAACAAGACAGCGGCCUUAUCACGAGAAUUGGGCUGCGCUGACCCGGCGGACGACGUGGUAUCGGCAAACGCUUGCCUGCGAUCCGUGAGCGUGAGCGCGCUGCUCGAAGCGUCGUCGCCGUCGAGGGAGCACUUGACGAGCCUCUUCUUCCCUACGCAAGGCACCGACUUGACGCCGUACAGGCCGAGCGACUUGCCGCACGUCGCCACGCUCAAAAGCAAGCAGGUGCUCAUCGGGCAUACGACUUCGGAAGGCGUCCACCAGGCAGCUCUGUUCAGGAACAGGGUGGCCGGAUCUGUGUUCGAAGCGUCUCUGGAAAAGGACGCCGUGUCCGUGCUUCGGUGGCUGGGCGUGCCGGACCCAGAGCAGGUGGUGGCCGCGUACGCCCACGCCGCGUCCCAACAUGACAUGGAGUGGAUGCAGAGCGUGUUCGGCACCGUGCUCAGUGCUUGCCCGGUGCACUACUUCACUGAGCACUUGGCCCGCAAUGGGGCAAAUGCCGUCUACGCCUACGUCAUCAACCACACGCUCCUGUACGAACGACUGGUCGCCGAGCAAGACCGCGAUGAAGACGAGCCCGAAGCACAUUUCGAAGAUCUGGGGUACAUUUUCGGGCUUCCGCUGAGGAGCGAGUACUCGGCGCCAGAGGAGGAGAAGGACUACAGUCGCGGUCUCAUUGAAAUCUGGGCGAAUUUCUCCAAGUCCGGGCAGCUACCCACGGUUCAAGGACAAGCAUGGCCAACGUUCCAUCUUGAGAACCAGACCACGGUCGAGCUGGCAUGGCCCGAGCCCGUCGUGUCUCAAGUUACUUGGAGGGCAGAGUGCGAAGCACUGCGAAAGCACCUCGUAUAAGAUGCUUGGACUAUUCCUGGCCGAGCGCAUCUUGGUGAUUAUAGCACUGUGGAUCCGCGACCAGUACGUGGACUUGCUUGGGGCACUGACUAUAACCGCGGCUAAAAUCACUUAGAAACAACUGAGCUGGGCUUAUAUAUGGUAUUUUAUUGUAUAGUAUCGUAUGCUGCUGUAUGAUAUUUAUUGCACUAUCAGUGUACUGCACAGUAUUUUAGAGUAUUGUAUCGCUCUGUAUGACGUUUGUUAUUGUAUGUUAUUCAUACCCAGCUCUGUUGUGCUUCCCUGGUCGCUUGACCUACCCGAGGAUUGAACGACAUUUGCGACAGA